CUAGAGACCGUGGUAUUUCAGUCUACGACUUCCUUAUACUAACGUUUCGGUGUGUUGUGAGAUAUAACCGUCUGACUGUGUCAGAGUUUCACUCGUUAGGAAUACAAGAGCUUUUGCUUCGAACGCGGAACUAUAGCAACCUGCUUGUGAAACAUUUGUGUAGGCUAUAUACGUGUCUGUGCGCGCUUGUGUGUAGUGUUGUGUAUGAGAUAUUAGCCCAGCCCAGCAGCCCUUCCUAUUUCCCCUCCCUUCCCUCCAACAGUCUCAGUCGGUUCGCCCGCAGCACUUGCGUUCUCUCGGCCGGGUUUCAUUCCAGAGAUGGCUGCGAAAGUGUGUAGGUCGGUCCUCCUCCUGUCCCGGAGCAGCGGAGCCGUAGCCUCUUCUGCUCUUCCCGCAUUCGGUGUCUCCUCACGGCGACAUCAUCAGAGCACACGAACGGAGGCGCUGUCCAUUUCACUUGGAGGUCACCAGACUGUCAGGAGAGCACACGGUCUGAGAACAGGUGCCAGGCCUGCUCUCUUCUGUCACCCCAGUGCCACUCUGACAGCCCAGGAGGCGCUGUCCAUUUCACUUGGAGGUCACCAGACUGUCAGGAGAGCACACGGUCUGAGAACAGGUGCCAGGCCUGCUCUCUUCUGUCACCCCAGUGCCACUCUGACAGCCCAGGGCUGGAAGGGCUCCCCCUCAUGGCAGGGUCAAAGACUACUGUGUUCACCCACUGCUACAGAAGACGUUACAGUGGUGUAUCAGAACGGCUUGCCGGUGAUCUCCGUACGUCUGCCGUCCCGACGAGAACGCUGCCAGUUCAGCCUCAAACCCUUGAGCGACACGGUGGGGGGUCUCCUUCAGCAGCUGCAGGCGGAGGACAGGGGCAUCGAUAGAGUCGCCAUCUACUCUACAGAUGGAGCAAGAAUAGCGUCCUCGACAGGAAUGGACAUUUUACUGAUGGACAGCUUUAAGCUAGUCAUUAAUGACACAACAUACCUGGUGCAGCCGCCCAGGAGAGAUCUGCUACCGCACGAGGAAGCGGAGCGACUGAACGACGUCAAGUUCUUGGUGCAGCAGCUCUACACCACCCUGUGCAUAGAUGAGCAUCAGCUCACCAAAGAGAGAGAGCUGAUUGGACGACUGGAGGACCUCAACUCUCAGCUCCAGCCCUUGGAGAAGGUUAAAGAAGAGCUGAGUAAGAGAGCUGAGCGCAGGACUACAUGGGUGCUGUGGGGUGGGAUGGCAUACAUGGCCACACAGUUUGGCAUUCUGGCACGGCUGACCUGGUGGGAGUACUCAUGGGAUAUCAUGGAGCCCGUCACGUAUUUUAUCACCUAUGGUACAGCAAUGGCUAUGUACGCUUACUUCGUGCUGACACGUCAGGAAUAUCUUUACCCAGACGCCAGGGACAGACAGUACCUGCUGUUCUUUCAUAAGGGAGCGAAGAGAACACGCUUUGACAUUGAGAAGUACAACAAACUGAAGGAUGCUAUUGCUGAGGCGGAGUUGGAUCUAAAGCGUCUUCGAGACCCGCUGCAGUUGCAGCUCCCUGUCCAGCAAAUCAAUGCCAGCGAGGACUGAUGAGAACCUGAAGCCCUUUCAUUCUCUUCUGCCUCUUUGCGUUUUGUUUUCUGUCUCUUUUGAUCUUUUUGCUUUAUCUCUACAACCUCAAUGAAAAACCAGAUCCACAGCAAGCUUCGGAGUUUUAUUAUCCUUUUUAUUGUGUCCUUUAAUUUGGCAAGUCUAUGCAGAGGAGAAGAGAUACAAUUAAACGAAACGACAAAACUCGUUUUGUUUGUGUGACGACACAUGCAGGAGCACACGGAGAAGGACUUCAGACAGGAAGUGGAGACAUUGGGAUUGAACCAGUACAUCAUUAUGAGACAAUGACCCCCACGUCUUGCAUGGGAAAGGACUCUCAUAAAUCUAAAAACCAUCUGCCCUUGGGUUGAACAGUUUUUUUUCCACAUUGGAGUACUGCUGAUAUCCCUAACUCUGACACUUUGCAGAAGAGAUUUCGGGAUGUGGUGCUCUUUUCCGUCUUCGGAAAAGAUCUGUUUACCAUCGAGCCAGUCCUCUUGUGGCUGAAAGGCCUGUACGUAACAGCCUUUUGAUUUCUUUCUCGCUUCCUUACGGACCUGUUAAGACCGAUCUAACAGCUAAAAUAUCACUGUGUGUUCUAUUAGUCCAAAAAGAAAACGAAUCAAAGAAUUUGGGCACUUUUUAUUUUCAAAGCCAUAUUAUGUUUUUUUAUGAUGAUGGAAAAAAAGAGAAAUGAGUAGAAACUUUUCUUCUCAUUAUUAGAUUUUCUUUUUGUUUUUAAUCAUGCAACCAGACAUUACAUAUCUGCAGAUGCUCUGAUAUUUUAUUUUCUGAGCUCCCCCAUCAUAAAACGAAGCUCGAAAAGUCCAUUCCUAACGCUGUGAGCCUCUGAUUUAUUUUUUUUUCUUUAGAAAUAUGAUACACCCCAUCGGUUUACAUGUUGAUGCGAAAUGCAGAUGGAUCCUCUUUAAAGGUCUUCUCUAUAAAUCUUCUUUGGAACAUCAUCAAAUGACAUUUUCCCACAGUGCCUCGCAGCAUCUGCUGCAGCGUGCUUGUUACGAAACACCUGUUUAUCAGACGCGAUCCAAGAAAAUGACCCAUCGAACGGUCUUAAGGCUGGUCACUGUGUAAAAUGUGAUUUAUUUUGCUGGAAAAAGGUUCCGGACGCGAUCAGCUUCCCAUCAUUCAUGUGGCGUUUUUAGCUGCAUAUAUCUGCCUCGUAUGCCAAGUCUUCUGGGACAUGCAGAGAACGUGUAAUAUAUUAGAUCUAGAAUUAGCGUGUGUUUUGCACACUUCGUGGCAUGCUAUAGAGAGAGAGAGAGCGUCUAUAUGUGCUAUCUUUAGCCGACAGGCCUUAGCAAUGAUUCUAGCUGGGUUGAGCUUGAGCGUCGACAUCGUUUUCAUCGGUUUUGCCAUGCAUUUUCAGUCCAGUUAGUAUAUGAGAUUAUGCUAUUAAUGCUAUUAUAAAAACAAAGUUCUCUCCAUCAUUUCCACAAAGAUGGGCAACCAGAUUAUUUAAAUCUAAGGGAUGUGAAACGGACUUGACUCUGGUUGCUCUCUAACAAAAUGAUCAUAUCAAGUCUCGAAAUUGGUUUUUGGGCCAUUAUCGUUACCCAUAAUCCUGUUGUCUAUUGUGGGUUUGCCCUACACACACAGCCCGGCUGUCCAUGUUUGUGCCUGUGGUCGCCAUUAAGUGUUUUUUAAAGCCAUAUUCAUGUUGCGUUUGUGUCUUUAUAGGUGGAAGGGGCACAUAGAGUCUCAAAUCCCCUUAGCAGCAGCAGCAGCAGCUUGUGUCCAUUCUUACCAUGUGUUUAAAUAUUACAGGGUGAGAUUCCAGCCUACAACUCUAAUAGAAGGAACAUUAAAAGAAAGAGUUCGUCCAAAAACCAGUUGUUUCUGUGAAACUCAAAAGGAGAAAUUUAGUAGAAUGUUCUUGCAGCUCAUUUCUAUACAACAUUCAUACUGACCACGGCCGUCAAUCUUUUAAAAAUCCUUCAUUAGUUAAUAUGACUCUAUAUUCCAAGUCUUCUGAAGCCAUGUGAAAAUGUUGAGGAACAGAUUGACAUUUUUCUAAAAUGGCGAUUGUGUUUAGUUUCAUUUUUAGAUUCAAACGCUGAUGUUUCUUGUUUCAGUGUUGGGAAAUGGGGAAGAUUUUUAGCAGCUGAUGACUGAAAUGGAUGGUUCAACCAAAAAUGAUAAUUUCCCUCAUUUCUGUUCAUCCAUUCAAAAUUCAUCCAACCAAAACUUUGACGUAUCAAAAAGUAAAAAAAACAAACCAAAAAAAAAGUUUGUAUGAAUCAAGUGGUUUAAUUCACAUUUUCUAAAGAGACAUGAAGAGAUUUAAUUUAGUCUUUUAUCAAUACUUUGUUCAAUGCAUAUAAACGGAGCUCAUCAAAUAUGGCAAACGGAAGCUCCACGUUAUUUGCUUAAAGUGUGAGAAGGGCAAACACAAGAACAAACAAAAUUGGUAAAAUGAUUGUAAAGUGUUACCAAUUUAAUUGCGUUCAUCAUAUAAAGUAAUUGUGUCUCUUCAAAAGACUUGGAUUGAAUCACUUGAUUCAUAUGGAUUGAUGCACCAAUGUUUUUGUUGUGUGGACUUUCAAAAGAUGAGCGAAUGGUAAAAAUAUCCUCAUGUGUUGUUUUGAAGAGUCUUCUAGGUUUAGAAUGACAUAAGGGUGAGUAAACAAUUCAAAGCUAUUGUAUGACUUCAAGAGACCUGGAAUAUAGCCUCUGAAUCAUGUAAACUACUUCUUGUUGGUCUUUUUAGAGCUUUUUAGAGUUUUAGAAAAGAGAACUAAGAACUGUGAAAAUUCUUCAAACUUUCUCUGUUUUGUGUUUAUUGGGAAUAAAAAACAGCAUCGGGUCUGGAAUGACAUUAUGGUAAAUAAUGACAGAAGUAUUUGGGGAUCAUAAUCCAUAAUUUGGAUUUUGCAUGUCUGGCUAAACGUGUAAGUGUUGAGAUGGAUGGCCUUUAACAGUGACUAUUUAUUGUUGGUGAGGAGUUCAGGUCAUUGGGAGUUACUCGGUGUGCUUGAGUGAAUUACCUUGUGAUUUAACACCGCAAGAUCUGAACUGUAGGUGAUUUUUUUUUUUUUAAGGAUAACAGCUUGCAUUAUGUCUGACCCAGCUGCUUUCAGGGUGGAUGCUUCUCUCUUUUAUCAGAGUCUGUUUGAACAGGGUUUAUCGGACUGAAAUUCAAACUGUGGUUCCAUCACUCUAGACGUAGCUGAUGGGCACAAUACACAUGCAUAUCCACUAUUGGUCCGGAAACAACAUUGAGGCAUAGUGCUGAACCUAAGCAUUAAUCACCCUAAAGGAAAUGAGCGACUGAUUAUAUGAAUGUUCAUAAUCCUUAACCUAAACCUUAAAAUCGGUUUGGUCUAUAAAGGAUCAAUAAAGAAUGUUGACUGAAGGCAGAAUCAAGGUCACGGUGCACAUUUGUGACAAUAUGCAGUUGGUGUGAGCAUCUCGUCUCAGACUUCAUGAGUUUUCUGUUCAUGCAUAACCUUCGUCCAUAGCGGUCAAAAUCAGCCGGUGCAUCAUACGCAUAAAAAACAUCCAUUCUUCCUCACUUAUGUGAUCAACAGUCAUAAAUUCAUCUUUUAUAAACACACUCCAAAGUUAUUUCAGGGCAAAAAGUCAGCCAUCUCACUCUCCAAGAUGCCCAGUACACUUGACACCCCUCGAUCUACUGAACAUCUAUAAGAGGUCUUGGGACUGGUCAUUAUCUGAUAAGUUGAACUUCUUUUUCAUUUAUUUGUAGGGUUUUCGGUUUGUUUCAGGGUUUUUAAAAAUAAUAUAUCAAAUAUAUGGAAUCUAUUCUAAAGCGGGUGUUGCAUGAAUGUAUGUUUACAUGGGGAAAUUACAUAUAAAUGAAUCAAAAAAGCAAAGAUUACUAUGAAUGCUGAUUGCAGAUGAACAGACUCCUGGUUCAUCAAGAGUUAGAUUUUUAGAUUUUUGAUUUUU